CUUAGCUUUCAACCACCAUUGACAUCUCUUAUGAACGUCUUGCUUUCUUGAUUCAUGUCGCGACUGCUCCUGGAUGGCUGGCAUGUCGUCCUGGGCAUUGAGACGCAUGCACAAAUCAAAUCUCGCCAAAAAUUAUUUUCAAGCGCGUCGACCUCGCUAUUGACCCAUCCACCUAACACAACUUUCAACGUCGUCGACGCUGCCUUCCCUGGGACCCUACCCAAGCUUAAUCCCAAAUGCUUGUUCCUGGCACUUAGAGCAUCGCUCGCUCUAAACUGUGAUAUCCAACAACGUUCAUCGUUCGACAGGAAGCAUUACUUCUAUUCGGACUUGCCGUCUGGAUACCAAAUAACGCAGCACUAUGCACCGAUAGCGACGGACGGUUAUCUUACUUUGCCAACGCUGGGGAGAAAGAUCAGAAUAAAGCAGAUACAAUUGGAGCAGGAUACCGCCAAGUCGAUAUUCGACCCUCAGACACGAACCUCCCUCAUCGAUCUCAACAGAGCCGGAGCUGGCCUUCUGGAAAUCGUGACGGAGCCUGACUUACAGUCGCCAGACGAAGCCGCGGAAUAUGUGCGCGCCCUCCAAACUACCUUGCGCGCUGUUGGCGCCUGUGACGGGAACAUGGACACGGGAUCCAUGCGGUGUGAUGUCAAUGUUUCGAUACACCGUCCUGGUGAACCCUUUGGUACCCGAUGCGAAAUCAAAAAUCUCAAUAGUGUCAAAUUUAUGGUUGCUGCCAUCAAUUGCGAAAUUGCCAGACAAAAGGCUCUCUUAAUGUCUUCUCGCAUUGUACCUCAAGAGACACGGGGCUUCGAUCACCAUCGUUGGGACACGUACAAACUCCGUUCUAAAGAGGACGCUCCAGAGUACCGCUAUAUGCCUGAUCCCAAUCUCGGUAUUCUGCACGUUUCAGUGGCCCAAAUACAACAAGUGAUGGAUAGCCUUCCCCCGUUUCCGGAUGCCCUGCGCAAGCGUCUUAUCGACACCUAUGAGGCUUUUGGUGUCACUCAGACUGCUAUCGAUGUCCUCAUGGGCCUAGACACAGGAAGAGAUAUAGGAUACGACGGCGAAGACAAUAUCAAUUUGGACGAAACAUCAUAUCAGGACCCUGAUAUGAGUGCUGUGGCCUACUUUGAAAAUGUUUGUGCUAACAAAGAUAGAGAUCCCAAGGACGUCAUCAAUUGGAUAUUGCACUCCUUACAUGGCCAACUCUCAACAAAUUUCACCUCGAAGCGCAUAACACCCUAUCAGCUGGGUGAACUGAUCGACCUUGUUGCAUCAAACCGUGUAACCCGACCGUCAGGGAAGUUGUUACUUCGACAUAUGUUGACGGACCCGUCAAUUACUCUGGAAACCUCUGUUCAACAGUUAGCAGUAAACUUGAACUUGAUAGCCAUGUCUUCGUCAUCUAAGGAUGAUCUUCAAUCGGUCUGUGUGCGAGCUGUUAACGCACUGCCUGACGAGGUUGCGGCUCUUCGAGCUGGACACUAUAAUGUGGUUAACAAAAUCGUAGGCUGGGUCAUGAAGGAGACGAAAGGAAGAGCAGACGCUAAGACCGUUAGGGAAAUAGUGCUCGUCCUCGUAAAAACAUAGGAUUAAAUGUAUCAUGGUUGAUGACAAAAUGCAU